GAUCUCCUCUUCAGCGUGUGUGCCCUCAAUGUCCUCUCCACCAUCGUGUGUGCCUUGGCCACCGCCAUGUGCUGUAUGCAGAUGGUGUCCUCCGACGUCCUGCAGAUGUUCUUUCCGCAAAGGUCACACUCUGCCAAUCCUGCCUGCGUGACUCCGCAUGGCACUGUCCUCCACCAGACUCUGGACUUCGAUGAGUUCAUCGCCCCCCUCCCACCUCCACCCUACUACCCUCCCGAGUACACCUGCACGCCCUCAGCCGAGGCCCACAGGGGCCUCCACCUGGACUUUGCUUCCUCACCAUUCAGCACUCUGUACGAUGUUACCAUCAACAGCCCUGGCAUGCUGUACCCUGCUGAGCUGCCCCCACCCUACGAGGCUGUGGUGAGCCAGACACCCGCCAGCCAGGUUGCAACUAUCAAUCACCAGGUGGCCGAGUCCAGCUCUGGGGACCCAAACACCACUGCUGGCUUCAGCACCCCAGUGCCGGCCAGCAGCACAAGCCUCCAGACAUCAGAGGGGGCCACCUCGCUGGGUCCAAGCCACCCAUCCCCUGAUGGCACUGCAAGCACUCCACCGCCCCCGUCACCUGCCCUGGACCUCCGCCACACGUCCCCAGAGGCUACAGACAUGAGCACAGAGACACAGCCAAAUCUCGGGCGUGUGGCUCGCUCUGUCAGUGACCCCAUAUCCUGUGCUUCUGGGGAGGCAGGUGAUGUUUCUGCCCACACUGCCUCCUGCAGCCAGGACCUGGAAACAGCACUAUCUCAGGCCCCUCUGAGGACAGUCUCCACAUCUCACUCUGCCAUGGCUACCUGUCAGCACCAGCUCUUAAGCCCUGGGGACCCAGAUAUCUGGAAAAUCGGCCAACAGACAAAACCAGAGGCCUUACAGACGGUCUCCAAAGAGUGGCCACACUCCUUAAUGGACAGCAAGGCCUAUGUAGAUACCAAGGUUUUGGUGGCUAAAUUUUUGGAACACUCACACUGUGCCCUCCCUCAUGAGGUGCGGCAUGAGGUGGGCACCAUCCACUCGGUGGUUACCUCUGAGGAGCGCCCUGCGGAGGAGGCCAUCUUUGGUGCUGGUGUCCUGGAUCAGCUAUGA